AUGUUUAUAAAAAACAUAGCUAAACCCUUAUGCGUAACAUACUAUGCGCGGCAUAUCACUAAUUACACCACAAAUUAUGUAAGAUUUCCUGAAAAAGAUGAAAAGCCCCAAUUUGAAAACUUAUCUACUUCAAAAGGUAAAAGAUACAAGAGAAACCUAGCCACAAAGGCAUUGUUUCUUAUAGAAAGUGAGUCUGAUUCCAAAUCUGUUUCUUCUGAUUCUGAAAAAUUAUCUCAUAAUAAAGAAAGACCUACAAGAAAACUUAGUCCUAAGUAUAUUGGUCCAUAUAAGAUAAUAGCAGAAAUAUCAAAAGCAGCAUAUAAAUUAGAAUUACCAGCAAAUUUAAAAAUUCAUCCAAAAACCUCUUUCAUCGUCAGAAAAAAAGUAAAAGAAAGUGAUAUGAAAGAAGGAAUUGCAAUGAAUAUCGUUCAACUCAAUAGUUCAUUACAAGAAAACAGUAGGAAAUGUAAACAGAAAAAAGAACUUAAUUAUACAUAUGGAAUUGUUACUACUGGUACAACAUGGUGGUACAUUAUGUUUGUUGAUGAAGGAAAGGAUGACCAAGAUAUACUACAAAAUUUUUUUCUAACAAUGGGAUAUGAAUCUCUUGAUGAGGCACUUUCUUUCCCUGAAGAUAAUCUUAUACCAAUUAAAAAAUCCGUUUUAAUAACUGACACAUUGUCUGCUCAAGGAAACUUUCUUCUGCAUCAUUUCAUAGCCAAUCAACUAAAAGUUAACAAACAUGUUGUUCUGGUAGGGUUUACGCAAAAGUUUGAACAUUAUUCAACAAUUGGAAGAAAGCUGGGUGUAAACCUUACUCUUGCAAAUCAAAAAGGAACCCUAUCAUUUCUUGAUGGAUUAACUUCUUUUUUUUUUCAAAAUACCAGUGAUAAUAUUACAUCAGCAGAUAAAGCAACUACAACUACCAAUACAACUUCAUCAGUAUUAACAGCAUCAAAAAAUGUCUCCAUUUCAAUAUCUAAUGGAAAAAAAGAUUUACAAAAUAUUUAUAAUACAAUAAAGGAAGUUAUUUCAACACGACAUUCAUCAAAGGAUGCUCAUGUAUCUUUAAUUUUUGAUGACUUAUCAGUUUUGAGUUAUUCAGGAUUUUCUAUAAAAGAUAUUUUAGAAUUUAUUAAAGCAUGUCGUGUUUUAGUUGAAAAGUUCGAGGGUACACUUAUAACAUUACUUCAUACUGAUGAUGUGAUUCUGGAAGAAGAAGAAAUAGAACAAAUAGUAUUAAUAAAUACACUAAUUUAUCAAUCUGAUUAUUUAUUAUCUGUUAAAGGAUUAGAAUCUGGAUUUUCAAGAGAUAUUUCUGGAGAAAUUAAUAUAGCCCGAGGUCCCCGAAAUUAUGAUAAAUGGUUCAGACCAGCAGUUUUACAUUACAAAAUUCUUGACAAUAAUGUUAAAUUCUUUGCUAAAGAUUUGAUUAUAAAAGAAGAAAAUGAAGAUUAUGUUUCUAUAGAAAUGGCUUGA